GUGAAACAAUUUCCUAUUCAUAUGGGAGAAUUAUGAUGUAACUGUUAUGAAAGUAAAAAAUAAUAAUAAUGAACGGUAGAACAUAGUUUUUCAGUAUUUAUAGUUUAGUGGCUAUUUGGUUGUCCUAUGUGAGUACUAUAGAAUAUUGCAAUGCUAUCUGUAGAAUGCUCUGAUGUUGCUGCCUUCUGCUGGAGCGGCACUACCCCGACUACCCGUGCUGUGAUGGCGAGGAAACCCCGUUGACAAGGCACUGCUUUUUCAUGACGCACAGAAAAUAAAGGGUGGUGGUUAAUUAAUGAUUCCAUGCUGGCUGUCAGAAGGCUGUGUCAUGGAUGAUGAGGACGAUCGCCGUCUUCUGGAUAUUAUAGGAGAUGUGCAGGCAUUGAACGACUACCUCCACGGCUCCACCAACAAGUCUAUUGGGGAGGAUGACGUGACGAACGCAGCGUACGGUUCUGCUGGAACCUUCUUCACUAGUAACACUGCUGGCUCUAACUCCGGCCUCAAAGAUGGAGAGUUUGAGGAUUCAGCGGGGGCGGGCCUCCAGCUUUCCAGCAGCCUAUCGUUCAUUGAGGAUGAGCUGGGGGGAGGAGCCUCUCCAGGAGGAAUGGAUCUUGGUGGAGGAGAGGACCAGCCCUUUGACAUCCUGCAGAAGUCUCUCAUGGAGGCAGACAUCACUGAACAGACUCUGGAACAGGAGGCCAUGCUAGACUCCCAACGACCACCCCCUCCGGCCCUCUCCCCAUUCCCCGCCCAGCUGGUCUCGGGGGGGUACAGCGGCGGGGUCACCACGGCGACAGCAGCGUUUCCCAGUGGUCAGUUCCUCCAGGGCGUAUCCCAGGUGUCCCAGCUGCCCAAUGGCCAGGCAGGGGGGCACAUCCAGGUGUUGGGGUCCUUCGGCGGGGGAGGGGUCCAACAGAUCCUCCUCCGGCAGGGUGGGGGGAUAGGGGGGGUGGUGGGGGGAGUAUCAGCAGGGGGGCAGGUGUUCGCCGCCUCCUCCCCAGGGGGCCAGGUGAACCAGGUGGGCAUGCCCUUUAAAAACAUCCCCCUGCAGAACAUCAUAAUCCAGAGAGGACCAGGGGGUGCCCAGGCCCUGGUCAGACCUAUCCAGCCCAAACCCCUUCAAGCUGGGGCUCAGACAGUCUACAGCCUUGGACUCCAGACCACGACCACCACCAUGGUUAACACUGCGGCCCAGGGACACUACACAGCUAACGGCUCCAUCCUGGUCCACUCUCCGCUAGGGCAGCAGAACCAGGGACAACAAGGCCAGGCCAACCUGCCCCCAGGGCAGUAUCUGGUCCACCACAAUGGCUCCUCAGAUCCAUCCCAAUCAACCAUGCUAGCCAAUCAGAACACAGUGCAGCUUGUCACCGGGCAGAACUUCACGGCGACGGCGGGAGGUCAGCUAAUCCAGGUGGGAGGCGGUCAGGUGGGAGUAGGAGCAGCCAUGACCCAAACAUGGCAGAGUUUUCCUGGUACUAGCCCUGCCCCCAUCCAGGCGGCAUCAAAUCAGGGGUGUCUGACGCUGGUUGGCACGGCGAGCGCAGGGGUUGGAGGUCAGGUGUCGGGCAGCCCAGUUCAGCGCCUCGUAGUGACUCAGAACAGCAGCUCCCUCUCCCCCCUGUCUCUCUCUGGUACAGGUACUGGUACUGCCACACAGGAAGAGGAUUACACACAGGCUCAGACACAGCUCGUCAACCUCCUUGGAAACAAAGCUGUGAAAACAAUGACCUCCAUGAGCCAAGACUCCCUGCUAAACACACAGGUCAGCGCUCAGAAGAGGCCGGCACCUCAGCAGCUCACCAGAGGAGGAAUGAUGCUACAGCAGUUGACGAUGGAUCGUUCAGGGGUUCUGUCACCUGACAUCGCCCGCUUCACCUCAUUGGACGACGCACUGCACAGACUCCUCCCCUACCACGUUUUCCACGGAGCUCCGCCCAACAAAGAAGAGUUUUCUCAAGUGGAUGAUGAGUUUGAGUCGAUGGCGACUCAGGUGUUGAAGAGAACCCAGGUUAUGAUCAACAAAUACAGACGACUGCUGAUGGUGGAGGCUGAGCGCUCCAGCCCUUCCUCAGAGAUGGUGAUGAUUGACAGGACCUUUAACCAAGAGGAGCACCAGAACCUGACACAGGACAAACGUAUGGUACUGGUGGACCCAGAUGGCUUCUUGGAAGAUUUCUGUUGUGGGGUGAAGCCGUCUCCCCUCUCUCCCCCCUGCCUCCCCUUGGACCCUCUAUCCUCCCCCUCGUCCAGCCACGGCUGUAGACAGACAGUGAGGGGGGUGACCACAGACACCCCUUACAGGACAGACCCCCAGUCGGGCUAUGGAGGCCCGGGUGGAGGCGGGAGAGGUAGUGGGGGAGGAGGGGGAGGAGGAAUAGACUCUUAUAAGAGUAUCAUUGACCUGAAGAGGACUCAACAAAGCAACUAUGGAAACAAAGCUGCCUCGAGCAACAACAACAACAGCAGCAACUAUCACCUUGGAAACGUUGCUGCUACAGCCACAGCGGCAGUGUCGACAGGGAUGGAACAGACUCAGUACCUGUCCUCCUCUCACCCCCAGGCCCCCCUUCCCCUCCCUCCCACCCCGCCCGACACAGACUCGGUUCUAGAGGCAGCCGUCAACAGCAUUCUAGAAUGUUAGACAGACAGACAGACAGACGUGCCCAUCACUCUAUCGUUCCAUUUCUCCAUCUCUCGCAUCCUCCCAUCCUUUCCCCCCAGCUCGCUCCAGGGAUGACAUGUUUGUUCUUUAUUUUCUCCUUCUCUCUCUCAUUGUCAGUCCAGUUCAACCAGCUCUGAAUUAGUUACAGCCAUAGAAAUAUAAUCUAGAUUGUAUUUCUAUGGUUACAGUAUUAUGUUUACUGUAGGACAGCCAGGGGUCAUGACCUCUGUGACAUCAUAUCCUGUUGGGUGUGAGUGGGGAGAGGAUGCAAAGAUUGUCUAUUAUAUUGACAAGAUAGUCGAUUGACCUCUAACAAUGGAAGUACAUGUCCUCAAAGAUGGAAGGCAGGUGGGAGGAGGCGAGAUCAGGUACGACUAUUUUAGCCAAUGAGAGGGCAGAUACGCGUGUGAACAACAGGCGAUAGAGAUGGAUGGAGGACUCAUCUUUGUGUCUGUGACAGCACAGGCAGCGCCAUUGAGGCUACCUCCAUUUUAAAGUAGUACAUUUUCUUCUUCUUCAUUGGCUGAUUGCUCCCAACUCAGGAAUCCCCACUGAGUUGACUACUUUAAAAUGGUGGAAGCCCCAAUGGCCACUUUAAAACGAGUUAUAUCCAUGAUGAGUCUGCUAUAUAUCUCUAUGACAACAGGUACAACUCGGAUAUAAAGUCGUUUUUUUCCAAAGUUGCCGAAAUGCCACGUCCACGUCCACUUAUAUCAGUGCAUUCGUAACAACCUAACCAUUGCAAAACGUAUAUUGGAUCAAAUAAGCCUCAUGUAGCAAAUUAGCAAUUACAUUUUUUGUUGACCAAAUUCGACACCGUCUCUCAUUGACCUCUAUACAAAAAUUCCUCAAUUCCUGAACCCCAAUGUUAGGCCACGUCCCACAAUGCUGAAGUUCAGGGAGGAGGAAGAUGAUGAUUCUGUGCCUGAGAAAUUCUAUGUUGUCCUUGAAAUGUUUACAUUUUUAGUCAUUUAGCAGACGCUCUUAUCCAGAGCGACUUAGUGAGUGCAUACAUGAAGAAGCCUUGUAAGAAAUGGCCUUUAAUUUUUGCACUUGACAUUACACACCUACACAUAAAAUACAAUAGUAAUUGAUGGUUUUUGUGUUCUCUACUUUUCAUAGUAAAGUCAAGCCAGAGAGACUCACUCCCACUCAAGAGUGUCUAUAUAACGACUAAACAAGCAGCUUUUGAUUUUCUGUCAGUUUUGUCAUUUUAUCUUAUUUGGCAUUUUUAUUUUGUACCUUAAAGGUAUGUGACGCCCCUCCGCACUCACAUUCACUCUCGUCGGCGUGUAUUGGUGUUGGGGGGGAGCUAACUCCUCAGAUUGAGGGAGAAAUGUUUCGACAUGUUUAUCUUUUUUUUUUUUUUAUAAAUCACUAUUUGUGUGGUUAGGGAUGUGUGUCCCAGCGAAGUCAACACGCAACCAUGGUAACACGUUUCAUGAGAUUUAACGACCCUGGAAGGUCAUGGGUUGUACGUGUAUGUCUCUGCGUACGUGUGCUGGACGAAUGUUACUCAUUACUUCGCCCACUUAAGUUUCCUCUCCUUCAUUCUGUCCAUCACUUCACUCAAUCCUCCUCUCCCUCCCAACAGUUAAACCCCAAUCAACAGGAGAGAGGGAGGAGAGAAGUGUCUGUAAACUAUGCUCAUAAAUUGACUGAAUGAACAGGCUGAAGGCCUUAGAGAGAACACAGCUGUCUGUUCUACAGUUUGUCUUGUGUCUUGUGAGUGAGGCCUUCUCAACCCUCUGUAUUUCAGCCCUGGUCCUGAGGACCCGUAUGUCUCUAAUGACACCCUAUGCCUGUGAUAGUGCACUACUUUUGACGAGCUUAUGUGGCUCUGAUCAAAAGUAGUGCACUUUAUGGGGAACAGUCAUUUCACUCAGGAGUGCCUAAGGACUUGGGUUGAUAUACUAGGCUCUUUCUGCCAAGGAGUGACACAUUUUUACUUCAUUACCCUCAUUUUCACUGUUUACUUUUGUUUGUCUCACUCUGUACAUGAUUUGUAUAGUUUUUUUUAUAUAUAUAUAUAUAUAAAAAAUGAAACAAUAUUGAUACUUUUUUGUAAAGGAAAAAAAAGAAUGUAAAACAUGAGAAUUAAGUUGUUUUUUUGUAUUCUGUUGGCAAUGAAGUGUUCCAAAAGAAAUCGUUACAAAAAUACUGUCAGUUCAGUUUUAGUUUGUGUGUUCACUACAACAGAAAGAGAAAAGUCAAUAAUAAAUUCAUUUGGAAUACAAUCAUAAA